AUGGCAGUCAAGACUAAAGGAGUCAAGCGUUCUGCUGACAAGAUUGAAAAGCCAUCCAAGAAAGCAAAGCUUCCAUCUCCACCUUCUGAAUCUGAACAAGAAUCUGAAGAAUCUGGUGAAAGUGAUAUUUCCCUUAGUUCUGAAGAAGAUGAGUUAGAUGAUUUAGAUAUCGACGAUGCUUCUAAAGGCCAACAAGGCAGCUCAUCGGAAGAGGAAGAAGAUGACUUAGAUGACUUGGACGAAGAUGCAAAACAAGAUCAAGAUGAAGAUGAAGAAGAAUUCGAUGAGGAAGAUGGAGUUGAAAAACCAGUUGAUCCAAACAAGAAGUCAUCAGCAGAACAACAUGCUGAACAAAGAAAAUUAUUAGCUGAACGUAAAUUACAAAGAAAAUCAGGUGUUCAAGUUCAACAAAUUAAGAAUUUAUGGGAAAAAUUAAGAGUCACAAAACCAACUCCACCAAAAGAAGUUCGUGAUAAAUUAUGUAAUGAAGUUUGGGAAUUAUCUAAAGAUGUUAUUAAUGAUUUAGUCUUAAAGCAUGAUGCUUCCCGUAUUGUCCAAACAUUGGUGAAAUACUCCAGUAAGGAAAGAAGAGAUAAAAUUGUUCAAUCUUUAAAAGGGAACUAUUACUUAUUAGCAACAUCUGCAUAUGGGAAAUAUUUAUUAAUUAAACUUUUGCAUUAUGGAUCUAAAGAAUCUAGAACUCUUAUUAUUGAUGAAUUACACGGGAAGUUACGUAAAUUAAUGAGACACAAAGAAGGUGCUUAUGUUGUUGAAGAUUUAUUCGUUUUAUAUUCUACUGGUGAACAAAGGCAACAGAUGAUUAGAGAAUUUUGGGGGUCUGAAUAUGCUGUUUUCACCGAUUCAGGAAAAGGAAAGACCGUUUUGGAAGUUAUCAAAGAACUGUCAGAAAAGAAACAAUUAAUAAUGGCUAAUUUGUAUGGUACCAUCAAAGCAUCUGUUGAAAAAGGUUCUACAGGGUUCCAAAUUUUACAUGCAGCUAUGAGAGAAUAUAUCAGUAUUUUGGUGGAUGAUACUGAAGUAAAUGAUUCACAAAUUAGAGAAUUUAUAGAUCUACUUGCUGAACAAUUUGCUGAAUUAGUACACACUCUGGAAGGUUCCGAAGUUGCAUGUAAUUUAAUUGCCUUGGCUAAUGCUAAAGAACGUAAAAUUAUUAUAAGAUCUUUAAAGAAUCAUACUAAUGAAUUAAUAAAGAAUGAAUAUGGUAACACUGUUUUAAUUACAUUGUUCAUGACUGUGGAUGAUACUGUUUUACUUCAUAAAUCUUUCAGUGCAGAAAUCUUUACCAAUGAAUUACUUCCAGGACUCAUUCAAGAUAAAUUCUCAAGAAGACCAAUGUUAUAUUUAUUAAAGGGAUUGGACGGAAAGUACUUUUCACCAAUUGUGAAGAAGACAAUCUUGAAAUAUGAAGAAUUGGCUUAUAAGAAGACUUCUAAGAAGCCUCAAGAAAUAAAAAGAACAGAAUUGGCAACCAAAGCAAUCCCAUUGAUUUAUAAAGCAAUUUUGUCAACCACUAAUUCAGAAGAUCCUGAAAAAACCUUGGAGAAAUUAUUAUCUAAUAAUAUGGCAGCUCAAUUUAUCACCGAGUUAAUUCUCACUUCAGCUGAUGUUGAAGAAGUCAAUAACAAUUUAAGACCCGAAUUGAUAAAUGCAAUCUUUGAGCGUACUGUCCAAGGUGAUGUUCUCGAAGAUUACCAUUUACUCAACAAAGCACCAUAUAUCUCAAGAUUAUUAAAGGCUUUGAUUCAAGGUAAUGAAUUCAAGUGGGAUAAUGAAGCUAAGAAAUUGAUCUCAACUGAUUCAGAAAAGAUCAAUGGUACUGGUAGUGAAUUUGCCGAAAGAAUCGCUGAUGAAGUUUUAGACAAUAAUAAGUUGAAAAGUUGGACAAGCGGUCAACCUGCUUUUGUUCUUGUUUCUGUUGCUGAGGUUUUACAAUUAGCUGAAUCUCCUAAAUUCCAAGAGAUUCAAAAAGCAUUGAAGAAAAACAAGAAACACUUAUCCGAAGAUGACAAGGGUGCAAAACUCUUAUUAGAACUCAUUUAA